AUGCCUGCAGCUGCGUACCCGACACCUCCUCCAGCCGCACCUACGGCGUACCCGACACCACCGUCACCGGUGCCUGCUACUACAUACCCGACACCCGCACCAGCAAUACCAGUUAUUCCUUAUCCGGUACUACCACCUACCGUACCUCCAGCCGCUCCUACCUAUAUUGACCCUACAGUGCCACCAGCGGUAUCUGCCCCGGCUUAUGCAGCACCAGGGGUACCUUCCCCGGCCCAUCCAGCGAUACCACCCAUAGUAUCAGCUCCAAUGGUUCCACCAGUUCCUACAACAAUCCUUUCUCACCCUACUGAUAUGAUUGCGGCACAAGCUCGAAUCCCAGCUUUGGCGGAGUCGAUGAAAAGUCGAUUCACGCUAUUCCGCAGGGAAACUGACCCGAGCGUGGCUCAGUCUUGGAUAGAGACAAUGGAACGGGCUUUCUUCUAUAUAACUUGCUUCGAGUGGGAGAAGGUCGAGCUGACUGCUUUCCAUUUACGUGACGAGGCUGAUAUCUGGUGGGACACGCAGCGCUCGAUCAUAGAGUUAGUUGCUGAGGACAGGUACCGUAUGCUCCAGUUUGUCCAGGGACUGGAUGGACAUAUUCAAGUAAAGAUUGCAGGUUUUGGUAAUUCAUCUUACAUAGAGGCAUUGGAUAGAGCCCUUAUGAUUGAGUCGACUCAGCAGAGAGCGAAUAUGGACAAAGACAGGAAGCAGACAGAUCGGAUUUCAGGACAGACCUAG